AUGCUUGCUUCUGGAGUAUCAGUGUUUGAAAGCUUAGAAACCAGUACUGAUUACCCCUGGAGGCUUGCAGCUCCUCUUCAAGAACUUCUUAUUCAUGUAGCUGACAUAAAACUCACACCAUCACUUCUCGCUCUGUUUCAGAGCUCAAAGUGGCUGUGGGCUGCACGAAAGCAGAUCCUAUCAGAGCACAUGAAAGAGUAUUUCCUUCAACCUGCCACCCGGAAAUGGAUUGUGGACUGGGUCCUGUCCUUAGAUAAACCAGGUUUUAUACGCCUUGUCAAGGAAGCAGGGAUGGGAUUUCAUGAUCUAAUGGGGACAAUGCUCCAAAUGGAUUUUUCACUUCCCAGUGAAUAUAUUUCAUGCUAUGCAGAUGCCCUUGCAACUUCAUACUGUUUCACAUCAAAAUAUCUCCGCAAUGAAGUUCUAAAGUUCUUUUGCUGCUCUGUCCAGGGUGCAGACAUUUUAGCGACCACUAUCUUCUGGUAUGGUUUGAGGGAUGAUGAGCUUGAUGUAGCCUUUGUCUCAGCUAUGCAGCUGCUCCAGAGGAAUUCAUCCAUUCCACAAUGCUUAGCUAGGAGACCAUUAAAAGCCGAUAUAUGGUUCAAUCAUGAUAUGAUACUAAUUGGGGUUAGCUAA